AUGCCAGACGAAGUUGACGGUUUGGCCGGGUCUGGCGAGACUGACGAUAGUCUGGAGAACUCGAAUCCCUGUUAUGCAGAACUGCUCAGACAGGCCUUGAUGGCGAAGAAAGAUGACCACACCAUGCUUCUCAAGGAUCUCUAUGAAUGGGUACGCACUCACAGCUCGAAGGCUCAGGAAUCUGGCAACAAGGGUUGGCAGAACAGUGUGCGCCACAAUCUAUCCAUGAACGCGGCAUUCGAACGAGUCCCUGCACCCAACCAAGAAGCAGGCACGAAGAAGACGAGCUAUUGGCGACUA